AUGAAGCGCCCUGCCGAUGCCGAGCCCGCUGAGGAGAACGGCCAGGCGCCACCAGCAAAGAAGUUCGCAGAUGAAGCGUCGACCGCCGCGUCCACACCGGAGAUGGGCCCGAGCACUUCUCCCGAGGCGCGGGACCACGCUCAUCAUUCCGACCUAUGGCAGCUGCCUAUCAAGGAGUUGAAGGCGCGGCUGGAGUCCCAAGGCAGCAGCAUCACGGGUGUCACCGAAAAGACGGAGUUGAUCUUGAUGCUGGAACAGCUGCUCCGGCAGAGUUUGGAGUUUGAGGUUCACCUCCAGGGCUUUGCUUUGUUUUGCCCUGAAGGACCGACUCCAAAAUGA